AUGGAGUUGAUAGAUCUUUUCAUCAUUGGUUUGGCACUUAUUUUCAUUCGUCUAUGGUGGCGGUCCUGGUCAGUCACUGGAGGCGCACCUAAGAAUCUCCCUCCAGGGCCACCCGGUUGGCCCCUUGUUGGAAACCUGAUCCAAAUCAUCCUCCAACGUCGACAUUUCGUCUUUAUAGUACGUGAGUUACGUAAAAUAUAUGGUCCAAUUUUUACCUUGCAAAUGGGGCAACGGACUAUGGUGAUUGUUACAGAUUCCAGGCUCAUCCAUGAAGCCCUGGUUCAGGAAGGCCCAACUUUUGCCUCCAGGCCACCGGACUCACCGAUCCGGCUGGUGUUCAGUGUUGGGAAAUGUGCCAUUAACUCUGCUGAGUAUGGACCUCUCUGGCGAGCCCUGCGCAAGAAUUUUGUCUCUGAGCUGAUAACGCCUACGAGAGUGAAGCAAUGCAGUUGGAUCCGGAAAUGGGCAGUUGAAAACCACAUUAAGAGAAUCAAAAGCGAGGCUUUUGAGAAUGGGUUUGUAGAGGUAAUGAGCAACUGCAGGCUGACUAUAUGUAGCAUCUUAAUCUGUUUAUGUUUUGGUGCAAAGAUCUCCGAAGAGCGGAUUAAAAAAAUAGAAAGCAUACUUAAAGAAGUAAUGCUGGUAACGUCACCACAGCUACCAGAUUUCUUGCCUAUCCUUACUCCAUUGUUUCGUCGGCAAAUGAAAGAAGCUAAAGCACUAAGGAAGAGGCAAUUGGAGUGUUUGGUUCCACUGAUAAAUAACAGAAGAGCUUUUGUGGAGAAGGGUGAAAACCCUAACCAAGAAAUGGUGAGUCCAAUCGGUGCAGCCUACAUAGAUUCUCUCUUUAGACUAGAACCAGCAACCCGAGGCCCACUAGGGGAAGAAGAGUACGUGACUCUAUGUUCUGAGGUGAUUAGUGCCGGCACUGAUACGAGUGCAACAACAGUUGAAUGGGCUAUGCUUAGCUUGGUAAUGAAUCAAGAAAUCCAAGAAAAGUUGUACCAAGAAAUUGUUGGUUGCGUAGGCAAAGAUGGCGACAUUAAAGAAGAAGAUGUGGAGAAAAUGCCUUAUCUUGAUGCUGUAGUUAAAGAAACUCUCAGGCGACACCCUCCAGGACAUUUUCUUUUAUCUCAUGCAGCUAUAAAGGAUACUGAGCUUGGUGGCUACACGAUUCCAGCAGGGGUUCACGUUGAGUUCUACACUGCAUGGAUUACUGAGAAUCCUGAUAUUUGGUCUGAUCCAGGUGAAUUCCGACCCGAGAGGUUCUUGCAUGGUGAUGGGGUUAAUGUGGACGUGACGGGGACUCGGGCUGUGAAGAUGGUGCCAUUUGGGGCAGGGAGACGGAUUUGCCCGGCUUGGAGUCUAGGCGUUUUGCACAUAAAUAUGUUGGUUGCAAAGAUGGUUCAAUCAUUUAAGUGGCUGCCGGUUCCGGAGUCUGGACCCGACUUGACUGAGACUUAUUCCUUCACUGUUGUGAUGAAGAACCCUCUCAAAGCUGUCAUCUUGCCCCGGUAA